AGCGCGUGAGUCGGCGCGGGUUGUUUGGAGCAUUGCACCUUUUACUAUGUUUCAUAGUAAAGAAAAUGAGGUUUAGAUAUUGCCGACUUCGUCACCGUUAAUCAAAGCCAUUAAACCAUUUUAAUUUGUGUACGCAAAGAUGAAUUUAUACGGAACGCCUCUAGUAUUAUUCAGUUGAGUGCAAGGCUUUUAUGUUAUAUACUUGGUGGUGCUGUGAAGGAGCGCGUGUUUUUAGUUAUUGAAUAUGACAUUUUCACGGAUACCCUCUGUGAUCUCUUCUAUUGUGAUAGUACUUUUCGUUCAGGAAAUAGAUGGAAUUCUACGAAGUAUACCACACAGAACAUCAAACGAUCGUUUCUUGGAUCCUUGCAAAGCAGUUGCAUUUUCCGGCGAUAUAUCAUUAGCUGAUGAAGACUUGCUUUACGCCAGAAUUUCACAAAAUGGCAGCAGGGAUAUAUUCGACGAACUUCAAGUUGAAGACCCUGGUGCUGCUUCACAAUAUAGUGACAAAGAAUAUUACUCUAGAAUAGAAAAAUAUCUUACUCGAAAAACUACAGAUUUGUUAGAUAAAACAGAAUUAGUAAAAGGUAAAGAGGAAAAAUCAAAGAUAGCACUCAAGAAACACAAGAAGCAUAGAUGUCCAAAAGGUGAUAAAAAAUGCAGAGAAUUAAGAAGAAAACAAAGAAGGGAGGAAAAACUGAAGAGGAAAGAAGAGAGGAGGCGAAGAAAACUUCUAAAAAAACAAGAAAGAUCACUCAGGAAAAAACAAAGGCUUUCAAAGUCAAAAUCAAAACGAGGUUCAAAACUUGAAAAAGUUGCUAACACAAGGACAAAAAGAGCAGCUACUGCAAGACCAGAAAGACUGUGGGAUUAUGGGGUUAUUCCUUACGAAAUUGAGGCUAAUUUUAGUGGUCAACAUAAAGCAUUAUUCAAGCUGGCCAUGAGACACUGGGAGAACUACACCUGCAUAUCCUUUGUAGAGAGACAACCCGAGCACAAAAACUACAUCAAAUUUACAGAAAGACCUUGUGGGUGUUGCUCAUUCGUGGGCAAGCGGGGAAACGGUGCCCAGGCCAUAUCUAUUGGGAAAAACUGUGACAAGUUUGGGAUUGUUGUUCAUGAGUUGGGCCAUGUGGUGGGAUUCUGGCAUGAGCAUACUCGCCCAGAUAGAGAUCAGCAUGUACAAAUUAUCUACAAAAAUAUCAUGCCGGGCCAGGAGUACAACUUCAACAAGUUGACAGAGAGUGAGGUGAAUUCUCUGGGCAUGGGAUACGAUUAUGGCAGCAUUAUGCACUACGCUAGGAACACAUUUGCCCGAGCAACCUACGUAGACACCAUUUUACCUCGUAAGAAACCUGAAAUGAUCAUCCGUCCAGAGAUUGGUCAGCGAGUCAAGCUCAGCCCGGGGGACAUCGCCCAGGCCAACAAACUCUACAAAUGUCCAGCAUGUGGGCGCACACUUCAGGAAUCCAUUGAUAAAUUCUCCUACACCCCCACCCUGGGGCAGUCUGCAACCUGUCAGUGGAGAAUCUCGGCCACCCACGGGGAGAAGAUUGUCCUGAACCUCACGGAACUCGACAUCCCUGAGUCCUAUCAGUGUGAGAAGCACUAUCUAGAAGUCAGGGACGGACAUUUUGUCAUGUCACCUCUCUUAGGGCGAUUCUGUGGAGACAAUGCUCCUGCUACCUUGAUAUCUUCAGACAGCAGGAUGUGGCUUGAAUAUCACAACUCAGAUGGACAAGGGACAGGGUUUUCGGCUCAGUAUGAAGCCAUUUGUGGAGGGGAGAUUCAAAAAGAAAAUGGACAGCUGACCAGUCCUAAUUACCCCGAUGAUUACAAGUCCAACAAGGAGUGUGUGUGGAAAAUCACAGUGGACACUGAUUACUCUGUGGCGCUCAAGUUCCAUUCUUUUGAGAUUGAGAGCCAUGAUGACUGUGUGUACGAUUACCUUGAAAUCCGUGAUGGUCCUGAUCCAACCUCAAAAGAGCUUGGUCGCUUCUGUGGAUAUAAAAUCCCAGAGGAUGUCAAGUCCUCAGGAAACACGCUCUAUGUCAAGUUUGUCUCAGACGGCUCUGUCCAGAAACUAGGAUUUGCAGCAUCUUUUGUCAAAGAGUAUGAUGAAUGUGCUACCGACCAUCAUGGCUGUGACCACAUUUGUGUCAACACCCUGGGCAGCUUCAAAUGUGAAUGUAAAAUUGGUUAUGAACUUCAUUCUGAUGGCAAAAAGUGUGAAGAUGCCUGUGGAGGGUACAUUGAUCAAGCCAAUGGGACCAUACAGAGCCCCUCCUUCCCUGACCUGUAUCCCCCCAACAAGAACUGUGUCUGGCAGAUAGUGGCCCCUGACCAGUAUCGCAUCACACUUAACUUCUCCCACUUUGACAUGGAGGGCAACAAUCAAGACUGUGAGUAUGACUCGAUCCGAGUGAGCAGUGGGGUGGGACGAGAUUCGGUCGUCCACGGAAUUUACUGUGGAUCAACUCUUCCAUCCUCUAUCACAUCUGAGAGCAAUACUCUGAGGAUUGAGUUCAAUUCAGAUAACUCAGUCCAAAAAACUGGAUUCCAUGCUCUUUUCUUCACUGAUAAAGAUGAGUGUGCAGUAAACAAUGGAGGUUGCCAACAUGUGUGUAAAAACACAGUGGGGAGUUAUGAAUGUGCCUGUCAUAAUGGAUUCACUCUACACGAGAACAAACACGACUGCAAAGAAGGUGGCUGUCAGCACAAAAUCAAGGACCCUGAAGGUGAAAUCAGCAGCCCGAACUGGCCCGACUUCUAUCCGAGCCGCAAGGACUGUGUGUGGCAUUUCACCACCACCCCAGGGCACCGCAUCAGACUCACCUUCAUCAACUUUGAACUGGAGCCCCACCAGGAAUGCACCUAUGACCACAUUGAGGUCUUUGAUGGCAGAAACAUCAACAGCCACAGCUUGGGGCGGUACUGUGGGAGCAAGCUGCCUCACCCCAUUACAUCCAGUGGAAACCAGAUGUACAUGGUGUUCUACUCUGAUGCCUCAGUCCAAAGGAAGGGAUUCCAUGCAAGCCACAAGACAGUAUGUGGAGGUGUGUUGGUUGCCACGGAGACCCACCAACGCCUGUUUUCCCAUGCAAGACAUGGAGAUAAUAAUUACAACAAUAAAAUGGAGUGUGAAUGGGUCAUCAUGGCCAGCCAUGGAAAUCAUGUCAAAUUUAAUUUUGAUACUUUUGAGAUUGAAGACGAAAGUGAUUGUGGCUAUGACAAUGUGGAGGUAUUUGAUGGAAAGCUGGACACUGACCCUGGACUUGGAAGGUUCUGUGGCAGCAAGAUACCCGCUGAGAUUGUUUCGUCAGGACAAAGUCUGCUUGUGAGGUUCAAAUCAGACGACACCAUCAACUGGAAAGGCUUCUCUGCCACUUACGAACAAGUCUCCUUGCAGAGCCAAGGCUCUGGUGUAAUAAAGCCCCUCCCUAUGACCUAAUUAAUCAGGGAAAGAAUCAGAGUGAGAGACCACCUGAUAUCAGUGUCAUAAAUGUAAAGAAUCAGGGUCAUUUCCUGGGCUGUCUGACGUUUGAAUUGUUUGUAAACAGAAUUCAGUAUGAAAAUUAACUCUCGUGGUUCUGUUUAUAAUUACGAUUCAGAAAGAGCAAAUAUUUUUUGAUCUGUGAACAUUGAAUACAGUUACAUAUUAUAUAAACAGUUUAUUGUUGAAUUGUGAACCUCUUAAAGCAUAGAACGAAGUCUACAUUUGAAGUAUAUUAUUUCAAAUGUUUCAAUCUGUUCUGAUCUGUAUGACUAUUGUGUAGAACUGGAAUUAACUGUUGUUGAAAAAAUAGCUACAUGUAGUUUAUAUAAAUGUAAAAUUCUUUAUGUGUAUAUUAAAUGAUCAAUGGAUCUAGUGGUUGAUACAUAUUUAUUGUGUUGCUGUUCAAUAAUCACUUAAAAACAAAUUCAGCUAGAGUUCAAAGUUUUUAUCCUCUUUUUCAUAUCUUUUAGUCUGUUGUACAAUAGUUUCAAUUUGUAUGAUACUACGGAUAAUUUGUAUAACAAAUAUUAUUGAGUCUUUGCCUCUGUGCAAAGUUUGACUGACAAGCUGAUUAUAAGGGCUUGUUUGUAUAACCUGGAAAAAACAUUAGUUAGAGGAAAAGUAAUUUUCUUUGUUAACUCUCAGGUUAAGAACGUCACUUAAUUUACAAAUUAAUGUACAUGAAAUACAGGUUUGCUUAAGCUCAUUGUUUUAGGAGCAUUUGUCUAUGAAUAAGUAAGAUUUGUUGAUACGUACAUGUUUUUUUUUUUGCAAAUGAAUCUAACCUGUUUAAAAAUUUGAUUUCAAUUUGAUAUGCAUCAUGAUGAUUCUGAAAAUAGUUGCAAUAUCAUGUGUUUAGUUUUGCACAAGGUUGAGAUGGCAGUUAAAAGAAGUUUGAUUUGUACAGUAAAAUAAAUGUUUUAAUGUCAUAAAAAUUGUUUCAUAAAUAUUUAUUUUUCAAAACACAAUAUAUGUUUUGUUAAAAUUCAGAUAUCCCCCAAUCUAUAUACUUUUGUAAGUUUAAAGUCUCAAGAAAUCCUAUGUGUUAUCUAACAAUUUUGUUUUGUAGACUGGUGGUGUAUAUUUUUGAAACAAAAAUAAAUUUAUUUUAAAAAAAUUCUG